AUGGCGUUCAGAGGCACUUCUGACAAACUAUAUACGCCAAAUAACGGAAAAUUCUUAGGCUUUGUACAAAUACUAGCCAAAUUUCAUCUAGCCAUGCAGGAGCACUUGCGAUUAGCUAUGAAGGGUGAUAUUUCAGACCACUCAGCUUCUGUUCAUCGAUGGAAAAUUCUAACCGAUCACUUGGGACUAUAUACUAUAAAAAAGCACAGUGACACUCGUUGGGAAGCAAGAAUAAGUAGUGUUACAGUAGUCCGUUAUCAAAUUAGUACUAUCCAUGAUGCUUUGAUUACUUUGGCUCUUGAAACUCAGAAAACUGAUGUUCAAAUGUCUCAUGAAGCUACUAUUCUAGCCGAACAACUAAAAGAUUUCAGCUUCAUAGUUUCAUUGGUUGUUUGGUAUGACAUACUUCAUCAAAUAAAUGUUGAAGACUACAGAAAUACGGGCUUUAAAAGCGCUAUUUUAACUGCGAAGGAGUUGGCUGAAGAACUAGAAAUUGAGCGUCAAGCUGGUGAAAUUGCACGCGAUGACGCUAUAACUUCUCCAAAAAAAAAAAUUUGA